CAUGCCAGUAUUCUGGCCGUCUGCCUCUUCCAGCACACCCUCAUUACAUGUGUCUGUCUGCUCAUCUGUUCAGAGACGCUCUGAAGAAGUCACGAAUUCUUCCUCCUCUCCAGUCCUCUGUGGAAUUAGAUUGUAACUCUUCGGAAGCGUCUGUUCCAUAGCCCUCCUCCUCCUCCUCCUCACAGGGCGCCUGCUUGCCUAUGAGGGAUCGCUUUACAGCUUUCACAACCUGCGUGCGUGGCUUUUUUUUUUUAAUUUCUAGAAUGGAAGAAGCUGAACUGUUGAAGGAAAGAUUUCAGGCCAUAACAGACAAGAGGAAACUGCAAGAAGAAAUCACUAAGAAACGCCUUAAAGUAGAAGAAGAAAAACUAAAACAUCAGCACUUGAAGAAAAAAGCCCUGCGUGAGAAAUGGCUCUGGGAUGGAUUAAACACUCUCACCGCAAAAGAACAAGAAGAAAUGCAAAACCAGAAUCGAGAGGAUCAGCAACGGAUGAAUGAGCUGGAACAAAAUAUCCUCAGACUUGAGAAAGAAAUAGAGGACCUUGAAAAAGAAGAGCUGACAAUCUUAGCUAAAGAAAAGGCCAUACUAAAGAAGCUUAAAUUGGUUGAAAGGACAGCAGAAGAUAUCAUAAAGUCUGUGAAGGUGGAAAAAGUAGAGGCUAGAGAAGAAUCAGCUGACUAUAUAUAUACCAACAUACCCAACCUCCCAAAAUCUUUUAGACCUUCUGCACUUAAAAGAACAGGACAUCUAAAAACAGAGGAUGAUGAAGAAAGUCGAAAAGCUCUGUUUGCAAUGGAAAUUAAAGUCGAAAAAGACAUGAAGACAGGGGAAAGCACAGUUUUGUCUACAAUUCCUCUUCCUUCAGAAGAAUUCACAGGUGCAGGAGUGAAAGUGUAUGACGAUGGCAGAAAGUCAGUCUAUGCAGUGUGCACCAAUGGAGGCAUAAUGAACAAUGAAGUAGAUGAUCUGGCACCUGUUGAAGUGGAGGACCUCUUAAGGCAAGCCACUGAAAGACAAUCAAAGUCUCCCACUGAGUAUCAUGAACCUGUGUAUGCAAACCAGUUUUGCAGACCAACAACUCCCCAGCAGGAGAAGUUAUUCCAGGGACCAAAUAGCAAAGAUGCUAGUCAAAAUAAGACUAAUAGACUUGACUAUCACAGUGAGCCUUUCUAUAAUAAAGACAAAGGGGAAAAAAUAGAAGACAACAGUCUUUCAAAGGGCUGCCAGGAAAAUUCUUAUUCUUCAGUCCCUCAACAAACAGAAAGACUUGUACAAAUUAGCCCCCCAAACAAGAUAGUGUCUAAUAUCCCAAGAGAAGUUAUAAAAGAUGCUUUGGAACCGGUUCAGAAAACAAGCAAGAAUCAACAUGAUGUACCAUUCAGAAACUCCAUACACAUUAAUGAAAGAUCUUUUCCUGCAACAGAAAGUAAUGAAGAUUCUAGCUAUAGUGUGGUCCACGCUAUGCCAUGCUAUGUGGAUGAUAGUGAACCUGUUACUAUGAUUUUCAUGGGUUACCAGCAUGUGGAGGAUGAAGAGCUGAAUAAAACUGUCUGUGGAUAUGAUGGGAUUAUCCAUGCUGAACUUGUAAUCAUAGAUGAUGAUGGGGAAGAAGAAGACAGUAAACCCGAGAAGCCUUUGUAUCACCCAGUGGGCCCUUCCAGCCAAGUGUAUCAACCACCCAACCAAACAGCUGUAAUUCCACAAAGAAACCCCAGCAAAACUGGUGGUGGCAACAUGGACAAAUCACCUUACAAAAAUUCCAUAUCGCUCAAGGAACAAGAAGAAAGUUUGAGCGGUUCUACAUAUAGUGCUCAACUGGAUGGACAGUUGCCAGGAGAUGGAACCGAAGAUCCUUCCUUAACAGCACUAAGACUGAGAAUGGCAAAGCUCGGGAAAAAGGUAAUUUAACAUCCUCAGCAGCUUCUCACUAUAUGUAUGGAAGUGAGCAACAGA